CACUACAGCUGUAUUUGGUUGAUAAUGCCUCGUCAGAUAUGAAGAAAACAGAUAUUUAGCAAACAGAUAAGAUUUUCGGGAUAUCAUUUGAAUAUUUAGAAAUCUGCUAAGAGGAGGAGGAGGAGUCGGCUCGCGCUUCGCCUGACAGAGCGCGCGCGGAAAUUUAGCCCUUCCGCACUCAACGCGACUCAAGCGAGCGCAUCCGCGGCCGGCUGAGCGCCGCACGGACUCUUGUCUGUCUCUCUCUUUUCACCUUUCAUAAAAAUCCACACUGAUCCAACGAGAAACCCGCACUGCUGGAUCCAGCGCACGCUGCUCUUUGUUGGACAACGCUGUCAGUGUGAAGGAAGAUGGUGUAUAUGGAAAGCUGAUCUAAGGAUCUGAAACUCUGUUUCCAGGCUGAUGAGCUGUGCUCUUUGAAAAUAUUAAAUAUUAUGGGCUGUGCUUGGUGUAAGCAGAAGAAGGCCAGUAAAGCUUUUGCAGUGUCAAAUACCAACUCAUGUGACACAGGCAAUGGGACCCUGGCUUCAGAAAGCACCCGUUACAUUGCGGACCCCACUAUUAACUCAGGGCCAGGGCUGAUACCAAACUUCAAUGAUUUUCAGAACCAUAUCUCCCCUGGCUUCUCAUCCAACCUUAACCAGCCCCGCCCAGGCGGACUCACAGGUGGGGUAACACUCUUUAUAGCACUCUAUGACUAUGAUGCUCGUACAGAGGAUGACCUGAGCUUCCAGAAAGGAGAGAAGUUCCAUAUUAUCAACAAUACCGAGGGCGACUGGUGGGAGGCCCGAUCUCUGGACACAGGGAAGUCUGGGUACAUUCCCAGUAACUAUGUGGCCCCUGUGGACUCUAUACAAGCUGAAGAGUGGUAUUUUGGGAAGUUGGGUCGGAAGGAUGCGGAGCGACAGUUAUUAGCCCAAAACAAUCCUAGAGGAACAUUCUUAAUACGAGAGAGUGAGACAACGAAAGGAGCAUACUCUCUGUCCAUUAGAGACUGUGAUGAGACGAAGGGUGAUCAUGUCAAGCACUAUAAGAUAAGAAAGCUGGAUAAUGGUGGAUAUUACAUCACAACAAGGACACAGUUUGACACAGUCCAGCAGCUGGUGGAGCAUUACACUGAGCGUGCAGCAGGACUGUGCUGCCGUUUGAUUGGCAGCUGUAGGCGGGGCAUGCCUAAGUUGGCUGACCUCUCAGUGAAGACUAAGGAUGUUUGGGAGAUUCCCAGGGAGUCACUCCAGCUUAUUAAGAAACUGGGCAAUGGGCAGUUUGGUGAAGUGUGGAUGGGCAUGUGGAAUGGCACAACUAAAGUUGCUGUAAAGACCUUGAAGCCAGGCACCAUGUCUCCGGAGGCCUUCCUGGAUGAGGCUCAGAUCAUGAAGAUGCUCCGUCAUGAUAAACUGGUACAGUUGUAUGCUGUGGUGUCUGAGGAGCCCAUCUAUAUCAUCACUGAGUUCAUGAGUCAAGGAAGCUUAUUGGACUUUCUGAAAGAUGGAGAAGGCAGGAAUUUGAAGUUGCCUCAACUUGUGGACAUGGCAGCACAGAUUGCUGCAGGCAUGGCCUAUAUUGAACGGAUGAACUACAUACACAGAGACUUGCGAGCUGCCAAUAUCCUGGUCGGAGAUGGUCUGGUCUGUAAGAUUGCAGACUUUGGGUUGGCUAGACUCAUUGAGGACAAUGAGUACACGGCCAGACAAGGAGCAAAGUUUCCGAUAAAGUGGACCGCCCCAGAAGCUGCUCUUUAUGGCAAAUUUACCAUCAAAUCAGAUGUGUGGUCUUUUGGUAUCCUGCUGACUGAGCUCAUCACCAAGGGUAGAGUGCCUUACCCAGGGAUGAACAACAGGGAGGUUCUGGAGCAAGUGGAGCGCGGUUAUCGAAUGCCGUCUCCGCAGGGCUGCCCUGCGUCUCUGCAUGAGUUGAUGAUUCAGUGCUGGAGAAAGGACGCCGAUGAGAGGCACACCUUUGAGUACCUGGAGAGCUUCCUGGAGGACUACUUUACAGCUACUGAACCCCAGUACCAGCCUGGAGAGAACCUGUGAUAUACGCAGAUUCACUCAUAUUUGUAUUAGUUCAAUAUAUCCUUCAGGAAAGAUGCCAUUGCCUUUUUAUCACAAUACCUUCAUAAACUUAUUUUGAUCCAGGGUCCCCUUAAUCACAGGCUUCUACUGAAUAUGCUUCAGUGCAAUUUAUCAUCACGUGCUUUAAACUGAAAUGCCUUUUAAUAUACUGCUCUUAAAAAGCAAAUUAAUGUCACUCCUCUGAAGUGUGAAAUAAUUUAAUUGGGCAAUGUUUAUGUUGUGUUUUAUUUUUUACUUCAAAUAUGACAGUACUUAUAAAUGCAUCUUACUCAAUCUCUCUGAUUAAGCAAUAUUAAUUAGUUAACCACUUAUUCAAGAUAGAGCAUAUCAAUACCUGCCUGUUUUACUAUAACCACCGCUACCAUUGAAUGUUCUGUCUCUUUUAGACUAUUUAAGUCAUUUCUUAUGUGUGUCUAGAAGAGUUAUCUCAGGAAAACUGGAGUUUUGCUCUGAGAUAGAACAAAAUAACCAGAAUAACUUGAUAAGAUAUUCUACAAUGACCUGGAUAACUGAGAAUCGUAACACACAUAUCUCUGAUUGGUGGAAUGUUGUAUGAUGAAUGUGACAUGCAAAUCUGCACUUCAGUCAUGAAGAAGGCUCUUCCUCCUGAAUAGCUUUGCCACUUGAUACUUUUAGCUACUUUACAAUCACAUGUGAAUGUGUAUUUUUAAAUGUAACAAUUCAGUUACUCCUUUUUUCUGCAAAGGAAAUAGACGCAAAGAAAAUUGAAUGCACAGGGCCUUUGGAAGUCAAGUUAUAGAACCUUUCCAAUGUGAUGGUGUACAUCAGAUAUGCUGAAACCAAAGACUAAAUUGUGAAAUGACAGGCGAUGUCUAUGUGCAUGCAUAUAAAGGACCAAAACAUUUGAAAAUGUAUUUGAGCUCUUAAUUUGUUUCUUGGGACUGUUCCUUUUCCAAUCAUGUUAUUGCUUUAUAAUCGUCCUUUUGUGUCAUUUUGAAGCUUACAGUCUUGUACUUGUAAACUGUACUUGUAUCAUUGAUAGGGAUGUACUAUAAAGCAGCAUUGUUGUAAAUGUUUUGAGGUUAUAAGGGUGAAUCUCACAAACAUGUUAAGAAUAUGUCCUGGUCGUAGUCCACCCCAAACUCAAAAGAAAGAAAGAAAAAGUAAUAUUUCAUUAAAGAAAAGGAAAACUAUGUUAGGGCGGUAGAUAUUUUUUGCAUUUGUUACAUUAUUUUCAUGACAAUUAGGUCCCCCACUCUCCCAAUUUUCAUUGUGUAAGGCAAAAGAAAUCUAAUUCUCAUAGCUGUUACAUGAGGAAACUUGUAAUACUAUUUUGAUGUUUAAAGGGAUAGUUCACCCAAAAAUGAAAAGUCUCUCACCAUUUACUCUCCCUCAUUCCAUCCCAGAUGUGUAUUACUUUCUUCAGCAGAACACAAAUGAAGAUUUUUAGAAGAAGAUUUUAGCUCUGAUGGUCCAUACAAUGCAAGUUAAUUGUGUUCAGAAUUUUGCUGAUUUAAAUAAAAAAACAUUAUAUUACUGUAACUACAUUCCAUAUACAAUACAGUUACUAUAAUACAGUAAAUAUUUAUUAUCUAAUAAGAAUCAGCAUUGAGAAUAAUGCUAAUUACAAAUAAAUUAAAAGGAAAGGGAAAAUGUCUAGACACAUUUCAGUAGUAAAGUAGAAUUAGUGAGGAAAUGCCCUAAAAACAGGCUUUAUUCCUAUCAUUUUAGUGUGAAGAUUGAUCUGGACAUGUCUUUGUUAGAUUCACACAUAAAGGUGGAUUUUAAUAAAGUAUCUAUGCUAAAAUCAAAAAUUAGUACAGGUUUACUUAAUACCUGCCCUUUAAAAUGAGGGCAAAAAUGUAUUGUUUAGAUUCUUAUAUUUUUUACACAGUAUUUUACGUCUCAUCUCAUAUUUCAUUGAUUUGGUUAUAAUUUAAGUGGAUAUCAUAACCUGUGCCUUUAUUCAAGGGCAGUGAUAUUCUAAAGGGAUAGACUGUAACCCUGAACUGAAGAAUGUGUUUUACAGUUAUGUAAUAUUUGUGCAAUUUUAUUAUACUGAGCUUACUGAACCCAUGUGUCGAACAUUUUUGUUUUAAUUUGAGCGCACACUCACUCACUUUACUGGACAUGAGCACACUUUCUCAUAGAUAAACAAAUUCGAAUAUAUAUCAAGAACUGAGACAAACAUUCAGUUGUCACAGCUUUGCUCAGCUUAAUUAAUUUGCUUGUUUAACUGAAGGUAUCCACUAGAUGGCAGAAAAACCAUGUGGGGAAUGGGGAGAUGUGCAGGUUUAUUAGUAUGCUGUACUUGUUUUUAUUAAUUAUUCUGCUGGGGUUUGUAGUCAUGAUAGUACAUUCAGUACUGUGCUGUGCUGUUACUAUGUUGUUGCUGCAGAUUUGAGUUUAAUGUAUCUGAAGUAGCUUGUGAGUGUACAUUAUGCUGCAACAGAGUAGCUAGUUCGGCUGCAACCCUUGUGAACGUGUGUUGAUUAAUAAUUUUUAGCACAAAGCAUUUGUCCCUAUUUAUAAAAAUCUGAUCUUACAAGAAAGGAGUGCAGGUAGUGGAAAAGGUCAUUUAUAGUUGUGUAGCUCCAUGUAUGCAGAUUAAUAUGGGUUGACUUUGUCUGAUUUUGCAGCAGCACUCAUUAUCACAACCUGUGUUUUU